CGGCCCACCAUAUGUGGUACAUAGCUACACACAGGAAGUGAAGAGCCAGUAUCUCGAUGGUUUAUUUGCACGUGUGUGUAUACUAGUUGGUGCUACAACUGUACUCAAUGGCAAAGAAGUCCAAAUUAAAGCCAGGAGGCAAAAAUAUAAAAAGAAAUAAGGCAACUAAGUGUAUCGUCACAUUUAAUGAAACGGAUCGACAAGAAUACCUCACUGGCUUCCACAAGAGAAAGAUAGAGAGGCGGAAAGCGGCAGUGGAGGAAAUUAAGAACAAACUGAAGGAGGAGCAGAAGAGAGUGCGAGAAGAGAGACACAGGGAGUAUGUGAAGAUGUUGAAGGAACGAAAGGAGGCUCUGGAAGAGGCAGAUGAGCUGGAGAAUAUGAUCACCGGCACGUCAGAGUCCCAACAGUAUGAUCAUCCCAACCACACGGUCACCGUGACAACCAUCAGUGACUUGGACCUGACUGGAGCUAGUCUCCUGGGACCAGUCACCAAACAGGCAGCAGAGGACAAUGCGGAUGAAACUGAGGAACGAGAGGAGAACGUGAGCACGCUUCCAAAGAAAGCUGGACAGCCCAUCCUUUCCAAAAAGCUCUGCUCCCUGACGGCCUCCCUGCACGCCCGCACCAAACAGCGCAAGGGGAAAGGGAAGCAGCUCCGGGAGAAGCAGCAGGAAGGUCCGGGACGGGGCCGGCCGUCCGACAGGAUGCCAGGUGGUACCGCCAGGAAGUCCAGGCUGGGGAGGACCAGCAAGAAGCAGAGACGCCGACAGACUGGCAGGAACAAACAUCCCCGCGACUAGCAGGGGCGGCGGCAUCGUGGGCGGGUCGCCCGGACUGUUUCGGCGGAUUGGCGGAGGAGUGCCGGCCUGAUUCAGAAUGGGCCGAUUGCUCCUGCGGAUGGGGCCAUUUACACCAAACUAGGCAUUUUGAGGGAUACUGGAAGAGUGGCAAUCGUACUCUCUCUCUCUUACGCUAACUGCCGUGACCUCCCAUACAGUCAGACGGAGCCGCCAGUUAAGUGAACCGCGGAUCAUAUAAGACCGUCCGCUGCUGGGACAAUGUCGUCACCAUGCCAGUGUCUGGUAUCCUGUGAUGAGCUGCUGUUUGUGAAUGUUUGUCACAUAGCAUUGUGUUGUGUUGUGUUUUGUAAAUGUGUGCAAUCUAAUUAAAGGAAGUGCUGAAUAUACUCAAGCUGAAUAUGCAUUCCCAAUGAAAUAACUUUUUCCUAUAAAACUUGAUUGUUUUCUAUUUUUAAACCAAGUUCUACUCAAAUAUCAAAACAACCCUGUCAUCAACUUAAGGAUUUCUUCCUUACUAUUUUGUCUGAUUACAGGUUCAGAAAGAUGACUGCUGUGUCUGAGACAAAAAAAAGUAGUUCUUCAAAAACCUUUUUUUUUCCUCUGAUGUUGCCUAAAUGAUAAAAUCCUCAAUUACAAAAACACAUUAUUGCUUUAUUUCAUUUGCGGCACUCUGUCACAUUCAGCUGCCUGAAAUUGUCCUGGAUCGCCAAUUCCGUUAUUAUAGUCUGACUUAUGACUAAGGUCGUGUUUUUCACGCAUAUACAAACGGAAGCAAUCCGGACCCACUGAUGAAGUUAUUUUUUUCAUAAUUGAUGAUAAUUGGCUCAAGCCCAGCAUUUGUGAAAGAGUGAGUGCACCGACAUCAGCUGAUAGGACUUGGAGUAAUUGGAGUUAAGACUUCAUUUAUUACCCUGGUUUUUCAAAAAAACAUGGCAGUGCUUUUGUUUGUUCUGAUUUAAGCAUGCGUUUUUGCACUAGAGGGCUUUAAUCUCUAAGCAGAUGUUAAAGGCAGCUAAAAGGGUGCUAUGGUCACCAACAGCCUCUUAACUCAAAGCAGAAAGUCAUACCUUUAUGCAUAGACAAGAUUUCUACUUAAAUAAUUAUUGGAAUUUAAUUAUGUGGCUAGUUGGCUAGCAAGCAACUUCAAGCUUCUGACUUCAUCAAAGCUUGUAACGGGUAACUCGAUAGUUGGCUUGCUAAUAAUGUCUUUCUUUUACUUUUUGCUGUUAUUCAGACACAAGAGAAUCACAAGCACUGUUUGCCACCAAGUGGAGUUCAUAUGGUUGUGUGCAAACUGGGCAAAAGAAAACAUUUCAGUUACCAGUUACUGGUUACCAGCGGUCAGAGAAUAGUUUGACUUUUGAAAUUGUGGAACGUGUUCUUUCAUUGGGAAUGCACUGAAUAAAUAGUAUGGGUUGUCUUUCUUCUAUAUGUGUUUAAAAAGUAUUUUACAGCAAUAGUGAUACUGUGAUAUCAUGAUUGUUCACACAUGUGCUCAUGCUUUCCAGCGCUGGUUAUUGGUGUUCUUUUGUCAGCAUUUGUACACAGACAACUGCUAUCGCGUUUCCGUGAUGGACUUUGAAGUUGAUCACAUGCAGACUCCAUAAUGGGGGACACCCCCCCCCACCCCCCAGGCAUCAUUGUAGAUUUAAGCUCAGGAUAACACCACCCACAUGGGCAAAUAUAAAGAUAAUUAUAUUGACAUAUAUGUUAAUUCCCUCUUACCGUAUGUUUACAAUAUGAUGACUUGGCCACAAGAAAGUUUGGUUUUGACGCUAUUACAAAUGCCUAUACCCAGUAUAACUUUGACUUGUGUAGUGCUAAAUUCACUGAUCACAGUGUCAACUUUUUCUUUUUUUAUUUGUAUUUUUUUAUCCCUGGAACUUGAUGAUCUUGAUAUUACUGAAAUACAGAUCAACAUUUUUAUGGUUUUAGUUCUAAAAUACCAAGUGUUUUUAUAGAACAUACUUAAAGCAAGGGGUGUGUACAUUGUUUUCAAGAAACACCUCAUGUUCAUAGAUAGUGUUGGUUUAUAUUUUUACUGUUCCUGUGCCAAUGAACAAUAAAAUAUACUUUGUAUUUCAAAGAAAA